UUGGGGCUCCUCUUUUGUCCAGGCUUAUUUAGAGCCCCGUCGGUGAGGGGAGAAACAGCACAUGGACCUAAUCUGAACGGUUUAACAAGGACUGAGCAUUUGGUUGGAAGUUUUGAAGGGGAAUAAUGUGGUAACCCUUUUACAGACUAAGCGAAUAAACAAAGGAGAAGCGAGAGGAUCAAGUCUAUCGUUGACGUACUGACCAGCGCACUGUAGCAGUGACAUCAUGAGUUGGAGUUUUCUGACACGUCUUCUGGAGGAGAUCUCCAACCAUUCAACGUUUGUGGGCAAGCUGUGGCUUACGUUGCUGAUUGUGUUUCGGAUCGUACUGACCGUGGUGGGCGGUGAAUCAAUAUACUAUGAUGAACAGAGCAAGUUUGUAUGCAAUACACAUCAACCUGGUUGCGAAAAUGUGUGCUACGAUGCGUUUGCACCGCUCUCGCAUGUUAGGUUCUGGGUUUUCCAGAUCAUCAUGAUCACCACACCCACCAUUCUGUACCUUGGCUUUGCCAUGCACAAGAUUGCACGUAUGGAAGACACUGAUUACAGUUCACGUGGCAGGCGCAAACACAUGCCUGUUGUAAAUCGGAGCGCCAACCGUGAUUACGAGGAGGCCGAGGACAACGGCGAGGAGGACCCCAUGAUCUCUGAGGAGAUUGAGCCAGAGAAGGAGAAAGAAAAGGAGAAAGAAAUAAGGAAGAAACACGAUGGACGGAGACGCAUAAAGCGGGACGGCCUGUUGAAGGUGUACGUGAUGCAGCUUCUCUCACGUGUGGCUUUCGAGGUGGCCUUCCUUUUCGGCCAGUACGUGCUGUAUGGGUUCGAGGUGGCACCAUCGUACGUGUGCACACGUAGCCCAUGCCCACACACUGUGGAUUGCUUUGUUUCACGACCCACUGAGAAAACUAUCUUUCUGCUUAUUAUGUAUGCUGUGAGCAGCCUCUGCCUGCUGCUGACUUUGCUUGAAAUCUUGCACCUAGGCAUCAGUGGUAUCCGUGAUGUGUUCCAUAACCGUGCGCAGCGCCAACAUCACCAUCAACUAUCCUUGACUAAUUCACGGUCCGUGGUCUGCACACGUCACAUGCCGUCAGCACCCCCUGGGUACCACACGGCCCUGAAGAAGGAUUCUGGCAAGGCAGGUGCAAGAGGUGAAUACAAUCUGGGGGACUUGGGACGUCAGGCUCUGGGUGAUGAGGCGUCCUCGCGAGAGAUAGAGCGCCUGCGACGGCACCUAAAACUAGCACAGCAGCACCUGGACCUGGCGUACCAGAGUGAGGAGGGCAGUCCAGUGCGAAGCGGCAGCCCAGAGUCCAACGGCACAGCCGCUGAGCAGAACCGCCUCAACUUUGAGAAACAAGAGAAGCAGGCCAGUUCCUGUGAGAAAGGGAUUAGAGCCUGAGUUCUGAGCCAGCAUUUCGAAUCUGUUCUUUUUCCUACCGAAACAACAUGGAGGAAGGGCCUCUAUGAAGAUGGACAUCGUGUGUAUGUGUGUGUGUGUGUGUGUGUGUGUGUGUGAGAGCGUGCGCAUGCACGCAGGAUCUUUGCUAAGGCAGCACAACACCGAGCAUGCUGGAGAGCAAUAAGUACAGCAUGUGCAGUAUUAUGGAAGGACGUCAUGUCGGCCUCUGAGAAGAUCUACGCAGCCAGUGAUGCUUAAGGAACUGUCUGCCUGACACCCCAGAGUACACCGCGGCAAAUAAAACCUUUUCUUUCUGUAGCUGACUGAGCAGUUUUUGUGUGUUUAUAGAUACCAAGAAAAGAUCCGUAUGUUUAAAGCGCUUCUUACGAAGUGUCAAGGGUUGCAUCUCAAAAAUGCCUUACUU